AUGAACGCAGAUACGUGCGUUUCAUACUGUGACAUGACAUCCAUGGAUUCAUAUUAUACCCCAUCUUCGGCGCAAGGUAGGGAUCAACAGGGCAAUCCUUACAGGACAUUUCAAGCAAGUGACACUAAAUACAGCCCCACAUUUCUUCCCGGCAAAGGUCAAGCUUACGGGGAGAAGUCGAGGAGCCCUUUCCACCAGGACUGCCAGUCACUGGAUGCUGCCUCAAGCGACAGCACCUACAACAAAUACCACCUUUUCAUGCAGAGACCCACUUGCAAAACUCCUCCCGAAGGCAAUAAACUUCACCAGGACAGCGGACACAACGGUGCGCUCAUCUCUUGCUAUGGUGUGGUUUCAGAACCGACGGGCAAGUGGAGAAAGAGGGAGCGUUUUGGUCAGAUGCAGCAGGUCCGGACACAUUUCUCAACAGCCUAUGAGCUGCCUCUACUCACAAGGCCAGAGAACUAUGCACAGAUCCAGAACCCAUCAUGGAUUGGCAGCAGCAGCGCAGCCUCCCCAGUACCUGGCUGUGUGGUUCCCUGUGAUACAGUAGCCUCCUGCAUGACCCCUCACCCUCACACUGCCAGUGGUGUGUCUGAGUUCCUGGGUGUGCCAAGCCCUGGGGGUCACAUGGGCCAGACACACAUGGGCAGCUUAUUUGGCAGCCCUGGCAUGGGCGGUGCCAUCAACGGCUACGAUCUCAACGUCGACCCUGAUCGCAAGUCGUCUAGCAUCGCCACGCUGCGCAUGAAGGCCAAAGAGCACAGUGCUGCCAUCUCCUGGGCAACAUGA